AUCAAGCUUUGAGGGGUCUGUCUACAGCAGCUCAGAAACCUCCAUCAACCAUGAACAUGCCUCCUUCCGUCUGCCUGCUCCUGCUGCUCCUGCUCGGCAUCGCCCAGACGUUGCCCGUCCAAGAGAAAGAAAGUCACAAAGGAGGCCAUGAGGAUAGCCACGAAGAUGGUCAUGAAGACAGCCAUGAAAACGGCCUUAAGGACAGCCAAGACAAAGGCCAUGAAGAUGGUCAUGAAGCCCAUGAAGAAGACACAAUAGAUAUCACCACCAGAAUCCUUACCGCAAACAACGGUUCAAAACAUUUCCUGUUUCAGGGGGAUCUGCUGGCCCCUAAGACCAGAAAUGCCAUUUUUUGCGCAGACAGCAGCUGCUUUUGGACAAAGUACUCCAAUGGUUACGUGAUGAUCCCCUACGUCAUUAGCAAUGAGUACACUGCAAAUGAAGCGGCGAUCAUUGAAAAUGCCAUGACCGGCUUCUACGCCUCCACUUGCAUCCGCUUUGUCCGUCGCACCAAUGAGUACGACUUCAUCAGCAUCGUGAGCAAAGGCGGUUGCUACUCUGAGCUGGGCAGAAAGGGAGGACUUCAGGAGCUGUCUCUCAACAGAGGAGGCUGCAUUUACAGAGGCAUUAUAGAGCACGAGCUCAACCACGCUCUGGGCUUCCAGCAUGAGCAGUGCAGGAGCGACCGAGACAGCUACGUUCAGAUCAACUGGGAGAACAUCAUUGAUGGUGAUGCUUACAACUUUUACAAACAACAGACCAACAACCUGAACACCCCCUAUGACUACUCCUCCAUCAUGCACUAUGGAAGAGAUGCCUUCUCCGUUGCCUAUGGGCGGGAUACCAUCACCCCCAUCCCUAAUCCCAAUGUCCCCAUCGGCCAGAGGAACGGCUUGUCCUUCUGGGACGUCACCAGAAUCAACAUCCUUUACAACUGCCAAUAAAGAUGUUGUAGCAUGUCCCUAUAUAUGUGAAGUAGAAAUAAAGUAGAUGCAAAGUUA